GCUAACAGCUAACAUAACGGAGCUAACAGCUAAUAUAAACAAAGCUAACCAUGUCAAACAUCAACGUCUCAUUGGACAACCCGUACGAGCAACAUGUCGGACGUCAGAGAAAAAGGCGCAGAAGAAGAAGAGGAGGAAGAGGAGGUCACAUGUGAGCCCCUCCCCCCCCCACCCUCCUCUGUUGCCAUGGAGACGAUGAUGAGGAGGCAGGACCUGGUGUGCAUCGUCUGCUUCGGCAGCUAUGACCUCACAACGCGGUUACCACGGCGACUGCACUGCGGACACGCCUUCUGCCAGGCGUGCCUCAGAAGGCUGGACACCGUCAUCAACGAGCAGGUGUGGAUCCCGUGCCCUCAGUGCAGGCAGAACACCCCUCGGCCCCGGGGGGGGGCAGCAAGUCUGGACCUGGACCUGGUCUCCUUCCUGGGGGUGAAGCAGCAGGCGCCCCCCCCCCAGGCGCCCCCCCCCCCGCAGGCGGCUCCCCCGCUGGGCUCUCUGAGGGACAGGAAGCCCUGGAAGGAGUUCCCCCCCGAGGACAGCUGGGCUCACGGAGGACUGGCCGAGCCGCGCUUCCAUCGCUACGGCAACUGCUGCCCGCCGCCCUCCUAUUGGCUGUGCUGCUGGUUCUGCUGCCGGGGGCGGGGCUAGGGCCGGCCAAUGAGAGAGAGGCUCGGCUGAGUUUUAAUAAACAGUUAGGAUUCGUUGAGAAAUAAAGCAACAGAUGAGUUCAACGGGUUCAGACCUGCAGCGUCUUUAACCUCUAACCUUUAACCUCUGAAAGAUAAGAAGGGUUAUAAGCGUCUAUAUUUUCACUCUCUGAUAUUUCUUAGACUAACGUAGCA